AUGGCGAUUAUCUCCGAUUUUCAAGAAGAAGAACAAAACAUCAAACAAUCCCCUUCAUCUUCCCAAUCCAAACCCCCCAAAUCCAUUCCGUUCACUUCCACCUUCGAUCCAUCAAAUCCCGCCGCUUUUCUCGAAAAGGUAUUCGACUUCAUCGCUAAUGAGAGCGAUUUCUUCGAAAAGGAAUCGGCCGAGAAGGUCAUUCUGAGCGGCGCUCGCGCUGUUAAGGCAAAGAAAGCCAAGGCUGUUGCGGCUGUGAAGGCGAAGAUCGCCGCGGAGGAAAAGGCCAAGGCGGAGAAAGCGGCGGCGGCAGAGAAGAAAGAUAAGGGAGUAGAAGCGAAAGGAGAUGAAAAGAAGGAAGGAGCAGCUCCUAAUAAGGGUAAUGGUAUGGAUCUGGAGUUCUAUUCAUGGACUCAAAGUCUGCAAGAGCUCAAUGUUAACGUUCCGGUGCCAAAUGGAACGAAGUCGAAGCUUGUUAUCUGUGAGAUUAAGAAGAACCAUCUAAAAGUUGGUCUCAAAGGCCAGCCACCUAUUAUUGAUGGGGAUCUGUACAAAUCUAUCAAGCCUGAUGAAUGUUACUGGAGCAUAGAGGAUCAGAAUACAAUUUCCAUUCUUUUAACCAAGCACGACCAAAUGGACUGGUGGAAGUGUCUAGUAAAGGGUGAUCCUGAAAUUAAUACCCAAAAAGUUGAACCUGAGAGCAGCAAACUUGGUGACCUAGAUCCUGAGACUCGAUCUACUGUUGAGAAAAUGAUGUUUGAUCAGAGGCAGAAAUCCAUGGGUCUUCCUUCAAGUGAGGAGCUUAAUAAACAAGACAUGAUGAAGAAGUUUAUGAGCCAGCAUCCUGAAAUGGACUUCUCAAGGGCAAAAUUAUCUUAG